AUGUCCGAGUUGCGUUUCGAUAACCAGACCGUCGUGGUCACCGGUGCCGGUGGUGGUCUAGGGAAGGCCUACGCCCUCUUCUUCGCCGAGCGCGGUGCCAACGUCGUGGUGAACGACCUCGGUGGCUCUCACAAGGGUGAUGGCAAGUCAUCAAAGGCGGCCGAUGUCGUGGUCGACGAGAUCCGCGCCGCCGGCGGCAAGGCGGUCGCCAACUAUGACAGCGUCGAGAACGGCGAGGCGAUCAUUGAGACUGCCAUCAAGAAUUUCGGUCGCGUCGAUGUGCUCCUCAAUAACGCCGGUAUCCUGCGGGAUAUCAGCUUCAAGAACAUGAAGGAUGAGGAUUGGGAUUUGAUCAAUCGGGUGCACACCUACGGUGCCUACAAGUGCGCACGCGCCGCGUGGCCUCACUUCCGGAAACAAAAGUAUGGCCGGGUCAUCAACACCGCCUCGGCCGCUGGCCUGUUCGGCAGCUUCGGCCAGGCCAACUACUCGGCUGCCAAGCUGGGUCAGGUUGGUUUCACUGAGACCCUGGCCAAGGAGGGUGCCAAGUACAACAUUAUCGCCAACGUCAUCGCUCCCAUUGCUGCUUCCCGCAUGACUGCCACUGUGAUGCCCCCAGAUGUCCUGGAUAACCUCAAGCCGGACUGGGUGGUUCCCCUCGUGGCUGCUCUGGUCCACUCCUCCAACACCACCGAGACUGGUGGUAUCUAUGAAGUUGGCGGUGGCCACAUGGCCAAGCUCCGCUGGGAGCGUGCCAACGGCGCUCUUCUGAAGACUGAUGACUCCCUGACCCCUGGUGCCAUCGCCCGCAAGUGGAACGAGGUCAAUGACUUCUCCAAGCCGGACUAUCCCACUGGGCCUGCCGAUUUCAUGGGCUUCCUGGAGACUGGCCUGAAGCUGCCUCCUGCCCCGUCGGGAGAGGAGCCUGACUUCAAGGGCAAGGUGGCCCUGAUCACCGGUGGUGGCAACGGUCUCGGCCGUGCCUACUGCCUGCAGUUUGCCAAGCUCGGCGCCUCCGUUGUGGUCAACGACCUGGUCGACCCGGAGCCCGUGGUCCAGGAGAUCAAGAAGAUGGGUGGCAAGGCAGUUGGCAACAAGGCCUCCUGCGAGGACGGUGAUGCCGUUGUCAAGAGUGCCAUCGAUGCCUUUGGCCGCAUCGAUAUCCUGGUCAACAACGCCGGUAUCCUGCGGGACAAGGCUUUCACCAACAUGGAUGACAACCUUUGGAACGCGGUGAUCAACGUCCACCUGCGUGGUACCUACAAGGUCACCAAGGCUGCCUGGCCCUACUUCCUGAAGCAGAAGUAUGGCCGUGUCGUCAACACCGCCUCCACCAGCGGUAUCUACGGCAACUUCGGCCAGGCUAACUACGCUGCUGCCAAGCUUGGUAUCCUGGGCUUUUCGCGCACUCUUGCCAUGGAGGGCGCCAAGUACAACAUCAAGGUCAACACUAUUGCCCCCAACGCGGGUACCAACAUGACCCGUUCUAUCAUGCCCGAGGAGAUGGUCCAGGCCUUCAAGCCGGACUACGUCGCCCCUCUGGUGGUGCUUUUGUGCUCUGACAUGGCCCCCGAGCCCUCGACCAAGGGUCUGUACGAGUGCGGCAGCGGCUGGUUCGGCCGCACCCGCUGGCAGCGCUCUGGCGGCCACGGAUUCCCCGUGGACGUCAAGCUGACCCCCGAGACCGUUGUCUCCAAGUGGAAGGAGAUCACCAACUUCGAGGACGGCCGUGCUGACCACCCCGAGGAUGGCCAGGCUGGUACCGAGAAGAUCAUGGCCAACAUGGCCAACCGUGCCGGUGGUGACGCUGGCGCGAACGAGACCCUCCAGAACAUCGAGAAGGCCAAGUCGCUGACCACCGAGGGCACCGCAUUCGACUACGUCGACCGUGAUAUCAUCCUUUACAAUCUGAGUCUCGGUGCCAAGCGCACCGACCUGCCUCUGGUCUACGAGAACAACGAGCACUUCCAGGCUCUUCCCUCGUACGGUGUGAUCCCCUGGUUCAACACCCAGACUCCGUGGAACAUGGACGAUAUCGUCAAGAACUUCUCCCCCAUGAUGCUGCUGCACGGUGAGCAGUACAUGGAGAUCCGCAAGUUCCCGAUCCCCACGGCUGCCAACACCCUGACCUACCCCAAGCUCAUCGACGUGAUCGACAAGGGCAACGCUGCCCUCGUUGUGGCCGGCUACACCACCAAGGACGCCAAGACCGGCGAGGACCUCUUCUACAACGAGUCGACUGUCUUCAUCCGCGGCAGUGGCGGCUUCGGUGGUUCUCCCAAGCCCACGGCUGCUCGUCCCAAGGGUGCCACAGCCGCGUACAAGGCCCCGCAGCGCAAGCCCGAUGCCGUGGUGGAGGAGAAGACCUCCGAGGACCAGGCAGCUCUGUACCGCCUGAACGGCGACCGCAACCCGCUGCACAUCGACCCCGAGUUCAGCAAGGUCGGGGGCUUCAAGACCCCCAUCCUGCACGGUCUCUGCUCGCUCGGUGUGUCUGCCAAGCACGUCUUUGCCAAGUACGGCGCCUAUAAGAACCUCAAGGUUCGCUUUGCCGGCGUCGUCCUCCCCGGUCAGACCCUCAAGACCGAGAUGUGGAAGGAGGGCAACACUGUCCUCUUCCAGGCUACCGUUGUCGAGACUGGCAAGCCUGCUAUCACUGGCGCGGGUGCUGAGCUGCUGGAUGGCGCUAAGGCGAAGCUGUAA